CAUCAUCAUCGAUAUGGUAAAGCCUGUGAGGGAGUAAUUCUGUGUGAUCUAAAAUUUCUCAUUGAGUUUAGACCUUUGACACUGAACCACUUCCUGUAAACACAACACCACACAGGGUUUAUGCCAGUAUACUGUCCAUAGUCAAACCUCACACACUCUCGUUUUCUUCAUAAACUUUUUUAUUCACACCUCCUUCACAUCGUGUACAUUCAAUUGUUGGCUAAGAAGUCAAACAUCCGGUUGUUGUGGGAGAAACAUUUUCCCCACAAAAAGUUUCUGCUUUUGUGCAAGCUUCAUGUGGAGCAAUCUCUUACUUUAUCACAUUCAAAAAUCUCAUGCUUUCAACCACUUCAGCAGGUGAAAUGGCUCUCCUGAAGCUUACGGUCCUGUGUUCUGUGGUGUGUGUGGCAGUGUUUGAUGUUCGUCUGGUCGAAUCUCAAAAACUUCUCCCAGCUCCGACCCUUGUGUUUGAUUCUAGUGUGAAUCAGAGUGCUAUAAAGCUCUACGAGGCUGUAAAGGUUCUGUGUACUAUACCAGACAGGGCGCGGAAACCCGCGGAGGUUCACCUGUCCUUCUCCAACGCCAUAAAUGAGUCUUUUCUGUCCUUUACACUGUGGAGCUACACUACAGUGAUCUUUACAUUAGGCAUCAAGCCUGAACAUGAGACGUCUUUCGUCUGCUGGUACACAGAUACCCAGAGCAAGGAGAAGUCUGAGAUCAGUUCACCCAUCAACAUCGUUGUGUCUGCUCUCUCAGCCCCCCUUGCAUUUCUCAUUCCUCCUGUGUUUCCUGCUGGAGUGGAUUACAAAAUGCAGUGUGAGACCCCAUUGGAUGGAUACAUCAACACAACCCUGAGCAUCUACGACCGGCACAUUCCAGACCGAGCCGGCAAUGAGUCCUUCAAAUACCUCACAUCAGCAGCUCUAAAUCCAGGAGCUUGUUGUACCAGAAUCAGUCGGACAAAUGCCAGAGGAACAUUGGAGUACUUAUGUGAAAUGAAAGUGUUUUUCAAUGGAAGAACCUUGAUCUCCAGAUCCAAACCCAUUUCUGAUAGACCAGAUGAGCUCUCGGUUUUUCUGGCUAACACUGAUACAGGAACAUGUCAUGGAACGGCGCAUCUGAAAGUACGAGAUGAAUGGAGACCCUUGUGUUUUUCAUCGAAAUUCCCAGUCAUUGCGUCAGUGGCGAACGUCGUGUGCAGAGAUCUUGGCUGUGGACAUGCGUUAGACUACAACAGUUUUAAGAAUAAAGAUUACAACGCUGUGGGGACACCAAACUGCACAGGAACUGAGAAGAAGGUUGCAGAGUGUCCUGUGUUGUCACCAGGUUUUUGUGACAAAGGAACACUCCAGGUCAUCUGCUCAGUGGCUUUUCCUGCUCCAAAGCUUAAGCUUGAAAAGCAUGAGGUGGCUCCACGGGUUUACGUCAAGACUGAAGAGACUGUGACCAUUGAAUGCGUUUUCCAAUCGGAAAUACAUGAUUUUGCUUCCAUCGUCCUCAUUCGAAACAAACAAGAGAUUUACAGCUCAAGAGCCCUACCUGGAUAUACACUGUCAUGGUUGUUAAGAGCCCCGGUGACCGAGGGGGAAUACGCCUGCUACAUCCGAGCACAAUUAUCCAGCUCAUACCGGACAGAAACCAGCAACAUCAUAGGCAUCUACAUUUAUGAUCCUCCUCCUCCUGGAGUAGUGGCUGCUGGAGUCAUUACCACCAUCAUGGGUUUAAUAAUCCUCACACUCCUCUGUAUUUGUGGUGGCAAAAAGUAAAAUAAAGAGCCAGAACCAUCUCUGAGCCGCAUCACACCACUGCACCAUGAGGGGUGCCGGAGAGCACAGGGGCAAAUAUACCAUCCACCACGGCCAAAAUCCCACUGAUUUUAUAUUCAUAAAUGUGUCUGUAAUGUAGUUUACAGAGCUGAUAUUUGCUUUAGAAACCCGUCAUGUCUGAAUCUCUUUACAUUUCUAAUUCUGAAUACGUUUGUGGAAAGUCUUGAAUGUGUGUGAAUGAUGUGUGAUUGAUGUAAAACUGCAUUUGGUGUUAGAUUUGUUUCAUUAUCAGAUAUAUUUUUAUUUGUAGGGAUUUUUUUUCUUCUUUUAUUAACCAUUUCCUGUUUUUUAAAUAGUUUUUUCCAUUCU